AUGCCUCGUCGCCUCCAAAACUACUAUUAUUUUUCUCCACCACCGCCAUCCCAGCCACCACCACCAACUAACAAUUCUCCCCAUCCUUCAUGCCCUCCAAAUGUGUUAUCGCCGCCGUCGCCGCCACCACCACCACCACCACCACCACCAGCCAAUAGUUCUCCAUGCCCUCCCAAUACAUCACCACCACAUCAAACCUUCACAUCCCCACCCCCACCCCCUCCACCUCCACCUCCUAAUGUUUCAUCACCACCUCCACCACCACCCAAGGAGCAAAUAUCUCCUCCAGGACCAUCAUCACCACCUUCCCCACUACCUCCCAAUGGCCCAACGUCUCCUCCAGGGCCAACACCGCCUUCUGGUCCACCUAAUUUGCCUCCAAAGGCACCACCUCCCAAUGAGCAAAUAUCUCCUCCAGGACCAGCAUCACCACCUUCCCCAUCACUACCUCCCAGUGGGCCAACACCUUCUCGUCCACCUCUUGUGCCUCCAAAGGCACCACCUCCUGUGACGCCACCUUCUCCUUCAUAUUAUCCGCCGCCAACUGGUCCCUUGACGCCAACACCCAACACGUCAUAUUAUCCACCACCACCACCACCGCUGACGCCGCAGCAGCCCCCACUUCCAACUGCACCUUCUCCUUUUCUUCCACCUUCACCGCCCACGAACGAUCAUACGGUUAUCAUUGCUGUCUGCGUCUCACUUGGUGGCCUCUUUUUUCUCGCAUUCCUUGCACUCGGUCUUUUCUGCAUUCAUAAGAAGAAGAAAAAGAUGGUUGCAGGAGCAGCGGCAUGCCCACCUGCUGAGGGACAUUCGGAUGAGGCUCACGAGGCUGCUGCAUCAGGAACUACUCACUAUGGAUAA